AUGUCGAUGGAGGCGAUUUUGGUAUUCCCAUUGACGGGCGUUGAGGAGGCUUUUCCAUUGCCAAAGCCUGCCCUGCUCGGGAAACUACCUCCCUGGGAGUAUGAUCCUGUCGAAGACCUCAUCAAGACGUUUAUCGUGCUUUUUAACGAGUAUAAUUUGGUUGUUACAGAUUCUCCAUUACAGACACUGUUGCAUGUGCGUGAAGGCCGUCAGGCCCCAACCCCAGACACCGUCGCGGCAAUAGCUGCUCAAUGCUCAAAUUGGAUGGCACAGCAUGUUUUAUUGCGGGAUGUGGCGCGAAAAACGCCUAGCGGUACCUUGCUCGACCUUGUCGCCGAUCAGUGUUAUAUCCGCGUUGAACAGCAAUUGAACCUUUUUUCUUCCAGGCGGGCUAGUCUGCGAUCACCCCGCGGGUUACCUGAGCUCACAUAUGGCGAGCUAAACAGCAUGCUUGUUCGCGAGCUGAUUCUUGACAAAUAUUGCAACGAAGGGAGUUUCUUUGUCGAUUUUGGGUCCGGAAUAGGAAAUGUCGUUCUGUUGGCUGCAAUGAAAUGCGCUAGGGCCGUUGGCGUGGAGUGUCAACCGCAUCUGCAUCAAUUUGCGGUUGCUUACAAGAAGGCAAUGGCAGAGAAGCUUGCUGCAGUUGGCUUCUAUGAAUAUUCCAAAAAGGUUUCAUGGGACACCCAGUUGAUUUUGGGCGAUUUUCUUUCAGAUGCAGUGCCUCUUGAGCUAUUGCGGAAUGCCGAUCUUGUACUUGUGAAUAAUUUGACUUUUCCACCCACACUCAAUCACAACCUUGUCUUACGGUUUCUCGAUCUGAAGGCGGGGGCAUAUGUGAUCUCCUUGGUGCCCCUUCUGCGGACUAGGGUCAAUUUUGGUACUACCGGGACAACCUCAAGCGUCACUUUGAGCUCCAGUGCCGAGGAAACUUGCCCACGCACUGGCACCCGGUCCAAGUUCAAGAGCACAAUCAAAGCUCAAGGGCCUGCUACAUCACGGCGUGCUAAUCAUAACCCUAGCCUUGCGCCGACCUUCAGUGGCAACGACAUCGCCGCAGCCAUUUUCGAGCCCCAUGUCGAGCGUAUUCCCUAUGGCGCAGGGAUGGUUUCCUGGGCAGCGGCCGCAGGCACUCUUUUCGUGCACCGUGUCAAAGUAAAACCGCUCUACUAA